AUGGAUUCCGGACUGGUAAAACAAUUUAAUGAAAUUAAUGAAAAGAAUGAAAGGUUGAAAGAGGAAAAUGAGAAACAAAAGAUUGAAUUCGUUAAAUAUAGACAAACAGUUGAAACAAAACAUGAAGAGUAUAACGAGUAUAUUGAUAAAUUAAAAGAAGUGAUUAAUAAAUUAAAAGAAAACUGCGACAGGUUAAAUAAAGAAACGGAACAUUAUCGUAAUAAAUUUACCAGUUAUCAACGAGAAAUUGAACCAAGAUAUAAAGAAGAAGUUAAGAAAUUAAGACAAGAAAAAGAACUUUAUCAGAAUGAAUUAACCAAAUAUCAACAAGUAAUUAUACCAAAAUACAACGAAAAUAUUAAUAAUUUGAAAAAAGAAUUCUCUAUUGUUUAUGAAAAAUCCAGUACCGAAGUUACUAAAUUACAACAAUCUAAUACUCGUGCAGAGAAAAAAAUUUGCGAGAUUGAAAUUGAGAAACAAAACCAAGCUAUUAUGGUUAAAGAAUUGGAAAAGUUGAAUAAAGACUUGGAAGUUAAAAAUGAAAAAUUAAGAAAAGAAGCUUCAUCAUAUCAAUCAGCUUUACGAAGUGCAGAAUCAUCAUGUUACAAUUUGAGAGAUGGAGAUAGGAAUGAUCCAGUUCAACUUACUAAUGAUUUAAGAUCUUUGCAGGAAAGAAUUGAGAGAUAUGUAACAACUUUGAAAGGUGCCGUGGUGGUUGAUAAUGAGAAAGUUCUAGAAUUAUUCAAGAAAUAUAAUUUAAAGAUUGAAAACCAAACAACUCAAGACAAACUUUUGAUGAAAUCAGUUUUACAACGUUAUGUGCUGGAAAAAGUUCUCGAAUAUGCAGAUGAAUAUCUUAAUAACAUCAAUGAUCCUUGCAAUCAAGAGAAACAAAUCAUGAAUCACGCAGAUGGAUUGUUAAAUAUUCUUGGUAAAUUUCAUCGUAAUCAUUUAAUUAAAGAUAAUAAAAAUAAAUUUACUACAGCAAGAAAAAUUCAUGAACAAGUUUAUGGUUUAUUGGGUGAACAUGGAUUCUCUGAUAUCUAUGAUGAAAAUAAUGAUAGUAGCAAUAGCAGUAAUGGUGACGACAAUAAACAGCUUCAAUCAACCAAACAUCCAUUUGUAUCAUCUGCAGUACAAAAACUCAACGCAUUAAUGACUGAAUAUCGUCUGAUCAAGGAUGUAAAUAAGAGGAGAUACACGGAAAAUAUGGCAGAAAAUAUUAUUAAAGAUAUUGUUAGAAUUUUCAGGUUUCGUUUGUUGAUAAAUGAACCAAGAUUUGAAUUGUAUUGGUUUAAACGUAACGAAAAAAUCAAGCCAGAUCUUAUGAGAGGUACAUGGGACGAUGAUUGUUUGGAGGAUUAUGUUGUGGAUAUUUGUUUCUUCCCGUUAAUUGGAACAAAUCUUAAGGAUAAUAAUAAAAAUAAUGAUUUAGAUUGUAAAAUUCUCACUUAUGCAAAGGUUUAUUCUCGAUCCAUUAUAAAUUCUCAUGGAGAAGAAAGUUUGGAAGUGGAUGAGAAAAAGGCAUCUUCAGAAAAUAAUAAUAAUAAUGGCAUUAUAGCCAAUAUGCUGAAAAAAGUUAUUGGAAGACACGAAUCAACCGAUCAGCAAAAUGGUGAAAAUCAAGACGGUAAUAACUCCAUCUCUUCAUCUGUUCCACAGGACAAGAAGGCUAAAAUUCCAACAAAAAAUAAUGACGGUAACGAUAAUCCUUCUUUAUCCAACAAUAAUGUAAAUAGUUCAAAAAGCAAUGAUCUGAAGAAUAAUCAUCAAGAAAAAAAAGGUAGUAAUCAAGAAAAUGAAGAUAGUGAUAGUGAUAGCGAUGAUAACUAUAAAGACUUGGAUUAUGAUAAAAUAGAUCGUGAUGAGUCGUAUUAA